CUCCUACCGCCUAUUGCUGUUCCGCUGGUUUCGCUCACUUCCCACACUUCAGCCACUUCAGCGUACGGUUGGAUUUGGUGCUAAUACUUGUUGCUUCGCCCUCGUUUGAUUGUUUGGUACAAAGUCUACGUCAUGGCACAAGGAUGCGGGAUGAAGUGUAUCAAGAACCUUUUGUUCAUAUUCAACUUUUUCUUCGCCGUCUCUGGCAUUCUCAUCAUUGUCUGUGGUGGCUAUAGCCUCCAUUGGUUCAAGAAUACUGGGCCUGUGAUUGGAGAGCACUAUAUAGCUGGCCCUGUGAUACUAAUUGUUAUUGGCUCAGUUGUAUUCCUUGUAGCAUUCCUAGGAUGCUGUGGUGCAAUGCAAGAAAGUUACUGCAUGUUGAUGCUGUUUUCAGUAUUCCUGUUUUUGAUACUUGUUGCUGAAAUUGCUGCUGGAGCUCUUGGGUUUGCCAACAAAGACAAGAUUCAAAAUCUUGCUAAAAAGCAGUUUGAGAGCAGCAUGAAAGACUACUCAAGGACUUCUGACAAGCCUAAUCCUACAAAACUCGCCUGGGACUUUAUACAGACUGAGCUCAAAUGCUGUGGAACUGAUGGGCCUCAAGAUUGGGGGACACCUACAAAUUUGCCACAGUCUUGUUGCGACAGUAAUUCUAACGUAUGCACAUCAACAUCUUCCUACCAAAGGGGCUGUUUUACCACCCUCAAGGAGAAGCUUGAGAAGUACAGCCUGUAUGUUGGAAUCGCUGGCAUUGGCAUUGGUCUCAUAGAGAUAAUUGGCAUUGUGUUUGCUUGCUGCCUUUCCAACCACCUGAAAUGAGUAGGUGAGCUGAGACAUCUUUGACUGACUGUCAGUGAAAGGACUCAUGUAAAGCUGUUUAUCACUUCGAAGCAAAUCAAACCCAUCUUUCCAAAUGAUUGAGCGCAUUAUUUUACAAAUUAAUCUUAUUCACCGUGCCUUAUUCUAAUAUUUGUGCAUGAGCACACUGUAUUUAACUAAAGUGUUACAAAGCACUGACAAUCGUAUAUCUUUCUCUGUUAGUCAGUCCCAUUUAUAACAAACUCCAUCACCCGAAAUUGUUCGUUAGCUUGCUGUUCUGGUCGAUUCGUGAGAAAUAUUACCCCCAAAGGAAAGGCACCAUUUUAGUCCACAAGGUUUUAGGAUGGGAAAAUUGAUGCCCACCUGCUGGAUUGCCAUGAGAGCAGUUACAUUGCAUGAGAGCACAACCCUCUGGCUGUGCUCACUAGACUGUGUAGUACUUGCCAUUGAGAGGUGCUUGAACAGUGGCAUAACUGGGCUAUGCGUCAGCCUCACCCCAUAAUGGAUCCCUUUCUAUACCAGACAGUAUGCGUACAUAACAAUAUCAUACCACACGCAGAAAAAAAAUCAUGCUCACAGAGGGCCCCUCAUGUCGCUGCAUAGAACGGGAGGUACUGGUGCAGUGCAUCACUCCAUUGCGUCGCUUCACCCGGUGCAUUUCAAGUGGGUUUGUGAUAACUGGGACUGACUGUUGUUGACGCAAUGUUACAUGUCUGGUUGUGAUACUUCAACUUUGUGAUCAUCCUUUUGUCACAGAAGCUAUGACAUAUUUUGUGUAACAGUAUUUCAGGUCAGUGACUUGAUUAUAAGGCCCAAAAGAAAUAUGCGAAGUUAUUGAGAAAUAAACCUGAACAUAAAACUUCUAUUCUGUGUUACAUAAAGAUAGAAAAACUGCACAAGAAGUCCCCUUGUGCUUUGAAACCCUUUUAUAGUUAUACCCUAGUUAUAGUACUUCUAUUGAUCUAGGCAAUACACUUUACGCAAGACAAACAGCUGUGCGCUUUUAUCGUGGUCGGCCAGACUUCACAAUUUUAAUAGCGGUACCACGUCCAAAACAAAUUUAUAUCUGGUGUAAUCACAUUCUUUUUUGGUAAUUGAAAUGUAGCAUCAGUAUCAAUGUGCUUCAUGCACAAAAUAGGAUCAAAUUGGGCACACCAUCCACCUUUUUGUGACAUUAUUGUGAUACGUAAAAAAAUUAUGAUCUGUACCGCGUCAUAAGAUACCGUGUUUGUGGGACCUUUGCAAGUAAAGUCUGACUUUCUUGGGGUAAACCAGAUUUCUUCCAAUUAUUCCCUCCUCAAAUCAGUUUAGGACCAGUACGGGUUAAACCUGAUUUCUCCCCAAAUUCCAAUUAUGUAUCUCACGGUAUCACACAUGAUGUACACUACGUAUUUAGUAGCAACCAUGUCUCAUGUAAAUAUUAGUUGGGUGCAACAGUGAAAUAACGUGAGGCACAGUUGACCCGUAAAUGCAUCUAUAACUGCGGGCCGUUGCUGGCCAAAAAAAAAAAAAAAAAAGACUACCACCCAAAUGUGUCAAUAGCACCAGAUUUCACCCCAAAUUAGAAAUUUAAAAAUAGCACCCAAUUUCCCUUUGAAUCCAGGAAGGGCAUUUAACACAAAAAAGCCAUGCUAUCUAUAAUUAACGAAGGUUCUGAGUAUCAGUGAGUAUCUGUACUGGUUUAUAUAAUUUAAUAGAACAGGAAACUUGGCAAAAGCUUUCCAGCACCACUUUUGCAAGUGUGUAUGCAACUAUUAUCAUUGUUUUCUGCAUCAGUUUUGCUUUCUGAUAUAGUUUUUCCAACAGUCUCUCAUCCCUGAACUAUAUCGCUGCAUUUUGCCUUAUUGAUGUUAUAUGCAUGCAAAGCGUACCUGGGAUAUGGAAGAUCGAAUGGCCUCAAAGUGAUACGAUGACAAAAGAAAUAAGAUGCAUAAAAUAGCAGUAUGGCAGAAGUUAACGAGAAUGUCAACAUUGUGGAGGAGGCUUGGGAAAAAAAAAGGUUUUUGCACCGGGUCUCCUCUCACACGUUCACAUUACUGGUAACUUCCCCGAGCACUUCAUUAAAUAAUCUAUCCAUUAAUGAACAGUUCUCCCUUUGUCACUUCCCCUAUUACUGCUAUCCGCAUCUUGUUUGUUUUGGACUUAAACACAUAUACUAUACACUAACAUGGAACGUUGUGGUAGUCUGUAUUCUGACAUGGUGGUAUAACAGCAGCAAGACAAAACAAGGACAGAAAGAACAGCACACAGGACGACGUGUCGUCCUGUAUGCUAUUCUUCCUGUCCUUGUUUCGUCUUGCUGCUGUUAUACCACAAUGUACUGUAAUUUUCAGUGUAUAACACGCACCCGUUGAUUUCAACGGGACUUUGACCCGUCAUCACCCUGUACCGUAAUUUUCGGUGUAUAACACGCACCCGUUGAUUUCAACGGGACUUUGACCCGUCAUCACCCUGUGUGUUAUACAAGGUCACUGGCAGUUCUAUGCAGAAAUGUAUCUAUGUAUAGCAUGCACUCAUAGAUAACACGGAUGGCCUUAUUUUCCCUACUCUUUCGUGUGUUAUACAUGAAAAAAGUUGGAAAAAUAGGCCAUGCGGUGUAUAACAUGCGUGUUAUACAUAUCAUAAUUGUUCAAGAAAUGCACUAGCUCAGUCAGUUCUUCAGUUUGCAGUGCAGCACAUAUUAUUUCUAUCCUGAAAUAUUUUUGCUUUGUGCUGCUAAAUUUCAAGUUGUCAGUUUUACUGAUAUGCGUUACCGCUGGUGCCUCUUUGCCGCUGUUUUUAGGGGGCAUGUGGCGAGAAGUGUACAACAGUUUUUAUGAUAGAUUAAACAGGUAAAUGGGAAAUGUUAUUGCAAUGUGUGCCUUCAAAUUUAUUAGAUGAAACUUGUCAAACUUAAUAGAGGACAAUUUUGAACGUUUGUCAGGUUAAUUUGGAGGUUAGAAAAUGUGGACCUCAGGUUUGAUAUGGGCGGGGGUUAAUACUAAUCCUCAGGGAACAUAUCAGGUUGACCGCUGUGGCAGCUAGCACAUGUUUGAUAUCAGGUAAAAGCUCCCUGUAUGUAUAGUGAUGUUGCCGUAGUUAUGAAGCCUUUAAAAUCUAUGGAGAUGUGCAUCAAAAUAAAGUAUAAUAUUUACGCCAUUAUGCUUAUGUGCAUAGAGUACAAUGACAACCCAAAGACUUGUAUACUAUUUUGAGAAUUAUUUAUAGCAUCACGAGGUUGAAAGCUAUUUAGCAUUGCUUGGUUGAGAGGUUCAGGGAGAUGGCACAAGAUAUCUAAUGGAAAUCAGUGAAGGCAGCAAAGAAAUCAUUUCUGGCAUAUCUAAGUGUACAAGCUCAAUACAAAAAUGGUUGACAUUCUGAAGCAGUUUGCAUAAGGAAACUUUGUACAUGCAACUUCAUAGGGUCUUCUUGCACUCAGGAGUGCUGGCUAUUCUGUUUAUACUUGCUGGUUUUUCUUUCCUCGCUGCAUGCCCCAUUUAAGCCCACUGUAUAUUUCAUUCAUAUCAGUUUUCAAGUUCCAGCUUCAUUUUAAACACUGUAAACAUUUAGCAAUCUUUGUGUUUGAGAUAUACAAUAACCCGUGGAAAGGCAACUGGGAGUUUUAUUCAUUCUUUCAUUAUAGAGAUGUUUGCAGCUUUGUACUUGUGUGCAGCUAGUGUCCAAAGUGGACUUCCUCUGAAUGUUGAUGUGUUUGUAGCAAAUAAGUUGCAUGACCAGCUUCACUGACAUAUCGAUGACAUGUAAAGAUGCUAGUAUAUUUCGGGCAAUAAAUGUUAACUGAUUCCCAUA